GGCAGAGCCUAGCGAUGUCUUGGCAGAUUUAUUCGGGUACGGGUCCUCCUGCUCCUCUCAAGGGGAGGGUGCCAUGCCUGCCUACUACGUUAUGGCUUGUUGUCAGUCACUAUUUAAUCGGGCAUGAUGGGCUUCUUCUAUGUUCAAUCCUGAGCAGGCUCUAUCUGGCAUUGUCACUAUCUGGCAGAGUGGAUCCUGUCUCUUAGAGAUCCUGUCUCUUAGAGGUCAGACGUAAGACGAUUUGGAAGGGGAUCGAUCCACGCAGCCAAUCAUAGUAGUACCCUUAGAACAAAUAGAAAUACAUCGAAGGGAUUUUUAACUACCCGAACCCGAUAGUUGACAAGCUUUAAGUGCGGCUCGAUGGCUUACCGACCGGACUACUCUCGACUGAAUCUGGUGGAAUCAGAUGACGUUUUCAGAAAGCCUUAUGAGAGAAUUCGAUUCAUUGCUCUUGUAGUUAAUAUGCUACUGCUGGAAUACAUAGCCAACAUGACAACUUUUUCUCAACAAGAUCAGUGGGCGAACUCUACCUUUUUACAACAUCAACAACCGUUUAAGUCUCCUACUGGUACCCCCUAGGCUAGUCCCAUCAUCCAAUGCAUCAACGAUCUCAAGAACACCACAAGAGUCCUCUUGUCUCUCUGCUUUGGAUCACACUUGUUAUAGUCAGAAUGUCCUCAGGACACACGUCAAGGACACUUCUCGUGACUCUAGAACACUAGUUAUUUGGGGGACAACAUUAGAACAACUCAUGACUGUACUCAGGACACACAUCAAGGACACUCCUCAGUGCUGUCAGUAGCUUAGGAAGGCUCCAUGAUCAUGAUGAUCUUCUAGAUAUCCAUGACAUCGAAAGGAUACGCAUCUUCUAAGUUGCACUAGUUGAUGUACGGCAGGCCCAGGCGAAGCGGGCGUCCAAAUCGAGUAAGUCCUCUUCGUCCUCAUCGUCGUCGGACAGCGCAUCGGGCUCGGAGGAUUAAGGCGUUCUGUUGUACUUAGACGAGUUCGAGUUCUUGCACACUACACUGCUGGAGCAGCAUGAUUAGAGACGCAUCACAUUCACAUCGUGCACACCCCUGCUACUGAGUUGCUACUAAGUUCCUCAAGGAAGAGAAUGGACUUAUGCGGUACUAGUAUGAUGCUCUCAAGGUAUCGUAUCGUCCCCCUCUAAUGCAUGAAGGCGAUGGUCGGAGCUCCGGUUACUGCGAUUCCUUAGCGACAGCGUUAACGGUGGACCGAGUAUGCCCAUGGGCAGUCGUACAUAAGCCAAAAAAUUUACAUCUAUUGAAUCACCCACAUGUACUUUUGCUCAUCACACCAGAAAGUUUAGCUUCAUUCCAUACUUCCAAGAAAUUUCGUACUUCCCAGCACUUAUUGCUACUACUUACUUAUCUAUCAUGAUCAUUACACCACUUUCUUCUUGUCCACACACUAUUAUAAAUAUGACCUGGAGCAUUCAUACGAUUGAUUUGCACAAGAAUACGAAGAUACAAGAAAGUGUUUAGAAGAUGCUACUCGGAAAUCAUGUAUGUCUAGUUUACACACAAUCAAAUUUGGUACCAGUUUCAGUAGAUCAUGCACAUUAAUCACACCUUUAGUUUCUUCCAUGUCAAAUCACAUAAAUAAAAUGCACAGAACAAAUUGAAUUAUCUAUGACACCAGACACAGACUGUUGAAACUCAAGAAACUCUUCUUUCCUAGACCACACAUCAACACAAACUUAUAUAUUCAAUCGUAGCUCUGGAUGUGUACCUGUAUUUGACGUAGUAAAGUUAUUUCUCUUCAUAAAGCCCGCAUUCACAUACAACCAUCUUCAUGCCGUUAUCUGUAUAGUAGGCAAGGCAAACAUGUUGAUGCUCUCUAAUAUGUUCAAUGAGUAGGAUGAGCUUUGGUAGGUGUUCAAGAACAUGAGUAUCCCCGAUUCUUGUAGUAGUUAGUCCCAUAGUACUGUCAAUGUCAAAUUGUGAUCCUCCCUAUGUAGAAUCGAAACAUCCCAGCAGACGUCAUCUUAACAGAUUUGUCCUCAGACGAAUGAAUGAAUAUUGUAGGCACGAC